AUGACCGUCACUCCGACCGUGCCCGGCUCGAACGCCAUCCGCACCACGACUCGCCUCGACAACCUCGUGUUCGACAAGAACGUCGACAUUCCGCUCAAGGACGGCGGCGUGUGCCGCGCCAACGUCUACCGGCCGCUCGAGGCGGGCCGGUACCCGUGCAUCCUCACCAUGGGUCCCUACGGCAAGGACGCGCCGUACUCGCAGUUCCACGUCAAGAGCUUCCGCGAGAUCCCGGACGACCAGAAGGGCCCGCUCUCUGCCUGGGAGACGCCGCACCCCGAUUACUGGGUCUCGAAGGGCUACGUCGUCGUGCGCAUCGAUGAGCGCGGCAUCGGCUCGUCCCCGGGCUUCCUCGACACGAUGUCGGCCUCGACGUCGAGCGACUUUGCCGAGUGCAUCGAGUGGGCGGCCGAGCAGGACUUUUCGACGGGCAAGGUCGGGCUCCUCGGCAUCUCGUACUACGGUGGGACGCAGUGGCGGGUCGCGGCUCGCAAGCCCAAAGGCCUGACGUGCAUCGUCCCCUGGGAAGGAAUGACGGACUACUACCGCGACCGCGUGCGUCAAGGCGGCAUCCUCGCCAAUUUGUUCGUUCACUUUUGGUGGAACAACCAGGUCGUCACGAUGCAGCACGGCAACGGCGAGAAGUCGGUCCGUCGCUGGGGCCCCGAGUGCCUCGAGGGCGUCAUCCCGCCUGAGCAGCUCGCCAAGUUUCGUCGCGACCAGACGAUCGACAACAAGGAGCACCGCUUCCUCGACGAGCCGUACCACGCGAGCCGCACCUACAACCUCGGCGACAUCGACGUCCCGGUCCUCAGCGUCGCAAACCUCGGCGGAAACACGCUCCACCUUCGCGGCAACGUCAUGGGCUACCUCGAGGCGGGCACGUCGAACAAGUGGCUCUGGUUCAUCAGCGGCCGGCACGACCUGCCGUUCUACUUGCCGCACUACGUCGAGCUCCAAACGUCCUUCCUCGACGCCUGGCUCAAGGGCGAUGACGACCGCGGUUGGCUCCAGGGCCCGAACGCCGACGGCGGCGUGCCCGCCGUGAACCUCCUCGUGCGCAAGGGGAACCCGGGCUUCAACUCGACGGCGGCCGAGGCGACCUUCACGAGCAGACCGGAGCGCUCUUGGCCGCUCGAGCGCACCCAGUACGCCAAGUACCACCUCCACUCGGACCUCUCGAUGCGGCGCGACGAGCCGGCUCGCGACAAGGGCCAGCUUUCGCUCGCCGCGCUCGGCAAGAGCGACCCGCUCACCUUCGAGGUCACGUUCGACCGCGAAACCGAGCUCGCCGGGCACCCGCUUGUCCACCUCACGGUCGGCGUCGAGAAGCGUCCCGACGGGUCCGCGCCCAAGGACCUCGACCUCUUUGUCACGCUGCGCCACCUCGAUGCCGACGGCAAAGAGAUCUUCUACACCGGCACCGCCGGUGACCCUGUCCCGCUCGUCAAGGGCUGGCUUCGCGCCUCUCUUCGCGCCAUCGACACCUCGUCGCCUCGUCACCGCCCCUACCUGCCCUACCGCGCCUACCGCAGCACCGACGUGUCGUACCUCGAGCCCGAAACGCCGUACGCGUGCCUCGUCGAGGUGUGGCCGACGUGCGUCGUCGUCGACAAGGGCUCGAGCAUCGUUCUCGAGGUCGCGACGGGCGACACGCAGGGCGCGGCUAUCUUCCUCCACAACGAGCCGACCGACCGCGACGAGGAGACGUUCGCGGGGACGAACACGGUCUGGCUCGGCGGCGAGCACGAGAACUGGCUCCAGCUCCCUCUUGUGUAG